GUAAGACCACAUCCUACUUUGUGCAAAACAAUGGCUGUAAGUCUAUUCAUGUUCUUUCUCAUUGUUUCACACAACUUAGUGCACAUAAUGCCACCUACACUUGCUCUAGCUUUCAAUUCAGAGGGUGACAAGCUAGCUUUACUUGCUUUGAAGCAUAAGCUUACCAAUGGAGUGCCUAAUGCUCUUCCAUCAUGGAACAACUCUUUGCAUUUCUGUGAGUGGCAGGGUGUUACAUGCGAACAUCGCCACAUGAGAGUCUCUGUCUUGCACUUGGAAAAUAAAAUCUGGGGUGGCACUCUUGGACCAUCUUUAGGAAAUCUAACCUUCCUCACAACCCUCAUUCUUUCCAACAUCAACUUGUAUGGGGAAAUUCCCACACAAAUUGGUCGACUGAAGAGGUUGCAGGUUCUUGACUUGAGCCACAACAACCUAAAUGGUCAGAUUCCUCUAUACCUUACAAACUGCUCUAAACUGGAAGUCAUUAAUUUGAUGGAAAAUAAACUCACUGGAGAAGUUCCCUCCUGGUUUGGAAUUGGAUCCAUGACACGGCUAAAUAAGUUGCUUCUAGCUGCCAAUGAUCUAGUUGGUACCAUCCCACCUUCUUUGGGGAAUCUUUCAUCCCUUCAAAAUAUCUCGCUUGCAGAAAAUCAUUUGGUGGGAAGUAUACCACAUGUUUUGGGUCGGUUAUCAAAUUUGAAAAGGCUAAGUCUUGGUUUAAAUAGUUUGUCAGAAGUAGUCCCUGAUUCUCUUUAUAAUCUUUCCAAUAUUCAACUUCUUUCUCUAGUGGCAAACAAGUUAUCUGGGACUUUUCCAUCGAAACUGCAACUUGCUUUUCCACACCUUAGAGAAUUCUUUGUUGGAGGGAACCAGUUCGAUGGAACAUUUCCGUCUUCCAUAUCCAACAUCACCGGAUUGGAAAGCUUUGAUAUCUCCUCAAAUGGUUUUAGUGGGCCAAUUCCUCUCACUCUGGGAAGCUUAAAUAAACUUCAACUGCUUCACAUUGGUUAUAAUAGUUUUGGAAGUGGGAGAGCUCGUGAUUUGGAUUUCCUUUCAUCAUUAACAAAUUGUACUCAACUGCGCAUACUUAUUUUGGAUGGCAAUGGAUUUGGUGGUGAGGUGCCAGGUCUUAUCGGCAAUUUUUCUACCUACCUGAGAAUUCUUAGUAUUGGAUUGAAUCAAAUAUCUGGAAUGAUACCUGAAGAAAUUGGACAACUUAUUGGUUUAAUGGACUUCACCAUGCAAGAUAAUUAUCUAGAGGGAACUAUUCCAGAUUCGAUUGGAAGGCUUAAAAAUCUAGUAAGACUGGCCCUGUACGACAACAAAUUGUCUGGUAAUAUUCCUAGUGCCAUUGGCAAUCUCACUAUAUUGUCUGAACUUUAUCUGCAUUUAAAUAGUUUUGUUGGAGGCAUUCCAUUAAGUCUCAAAUACUGCACGAAAAUGCAGACACUUGGUGUUUCCACCAACAAUUUAAAUGGAGAUAUACCUAAUCAAACAUUUGGCAAUUUUGAAGGUUUGGUAAAUCUUGACUUAUCUUACAAUUCUUUCACUGGUUCCAUCCCUUCAGAGUUUGGAAACUUGAAGCACCUUUCAGGUUUGUAUCUUCACGGAAACAAAUUUUCUGGUGAAAUACCUGAACAGCUUGGCGCUUGUUCCGGGUUAACAAAGCUUGUGUUGCAGAGUAACUUCUUCCGCGGAAGCAUACCUUCGUUUUUGGGCUCUUUAGGAUCCCUUGAAUUCCUCGACCUUUCUAACAACAGCUUCUCAAGCACAAUUCCUGUUGAACUACAAAAGUUGAGAUUUUUAAAUACUUUGAACUUCUCUUUUAACCAUCUUUAUGGCGAGGUUCCCACAGGAGGUGUCUUUAAUAAUGUUACAGCAAUU